GUGCUUUUAAUGUCUAUACAGUAAUCAUUUUGCAGUGCUCUUCCUCUUCAAACAUUUUUUUUGUGUGGAUAACAUGCAGUGGAUGAGUAGUUGUCACAGGAGGAAGAUGAGGACGUUUGCCUCUGAUACCCUAUUUUAUAACUUCUGAACAUCUCUUGUACCUCCUUGACCUAAGUGAAGGAUACUGCUUUUUAUUUUCUCCAACCAUAAGUUUCUUAGCAUCUGGAUCUUCAUGUUUACUUCGCUAUCUUAUAUUCAGUCCAAGGAUAAAAGUGUUGCUCAUUGGUAGAGCGCUUGCCUAACAUGUGUGAGGCCCUCAGUUUGAUCCCCAGCACUACGAAAACAAAAAAGUUUCCAGUCUUUGGAAGCUAUGUCAUGUGACCAUACUUAUUCUCUGCUGUAGACUGCAAACUUCCCGACCAUCCCUAUAUCCUGCUCACUACAUCCACACAUUGUCUCUCCAUUUCUCAGCAAGUGACUCUCUGUCUAAAAAUUAUUAGAUUUCAGGGAGAGGAAAAGCAAGAGAGGUGAAGAGAAUAUAAUUAGGAAAGAGAAUGUAUCCUAGGUGUUUUCUACCUCUCCACCUGGCAUCACCUUUUCCUAUGCUUUCUUGUAUCUACUAUAAGCCAGUGGGUUCAAGUGCUGGUAGAUCUCUAAAUUACCUGGUAAAAUGAUAAAGAUCAGGGGGGACUGUUCCAGGAUUCUGAUUACUAUCUACACACUUAAGAUCCCCAGAUAUGCAUCUCUCACCUAGCUCAUAUUUGCUUCCAGAAUGCAGUUACUCAGCAUUUCCAUUAGAUCACUUAUGUUUUAAUUGAAAUUUAUGUUUAUUCCCUCUUUUCUUCUAGUAAGGCAACCUAUCUUAUCCUUUCACUUUCAUAGGCUGGAAAUCUAGGAGUUACUUUUGACAUUUUCCUCAUCCUCUCCUCUAUUGUCAGCCAUUUCCCUACCAAAUUCCUCUGACACUCAUGCACUCAUCCACUUCAUUACUAGCACCCUUGUCUAAGUUGAUCUCUUUAAAUGUACUUAUUGGAAAGAGCUGUUGGGUGGGACUAAUUAGAACAGGGUCUUUAGAAUCAGACUUGGGCUUGAUUACUUACUGCCUAUGUAAUCUUAGACAGAUUACCAAAGCUCUGUAAGCUUUGGUUUAUGUUUAAAAUGGUGAUAAUAAUAAUCACUCCAGGAUCUGUUGCUAGAUUAAAUAAAAUAGCAUGAGAAAAUCUCUUAGCAUGCCACCUGACACACAGUAAACCUUUAACAAAUGAUAUGUAACUCAUUCUUUUAACUGAGCACCUCUAGUGUGCCAGAUUUGGGCCACUAGGAAUACAGCAAUAAACAAAAUCAACAAAAUUAUGGGUUGACAAGUUUGAUUAUACAACUCUUAACUGGUAUGAUUAAGAUAAAAAGGUAGAAGUAGGAAGGAAUAUGUAUUAGAUUUGAUAUAAGAAUCAAUUUAUAACAGCAUGCUCUAAAGAAGUUCCCUUAAUUGCCUUUUAUCUGUCCAGAUCAUCAGAUCUAGGAGAGCAUGGGAUAUACAGGUCCGAGUUUUAGGAGAGCUCCCAGAGACUGAAGAAAGGCCACUGAGGGACUGUCAGGCUGUAUAGAUUAAUAAGAUCGUGAGUAUGGUAAGAUUAACCAUCAGAAUUUAAAGAACAAAAAGAAUCAAGAUAGGUUAUAUGCACGUACAAAUUUCCAAAAACGAGUAUCACUGUUCUGUAUUGUAAAUAGACACUAAUAAAGAAAAAGGAUGAAAAGGACAGGAUCAUCUCUGCUGAAUACCAACAUUUAAAGGUCUGGUUUAAGAGAACACAGAAAAAGAGAUUAGGGGCCGGAGAUUUAGCUCAGUGGUUCCGGCGCCUGCCUCGAAAACGCAAGGUUCCAAGUUCGAUCCCCAGUACCAAAAGAAAAAGAAAAAGAGAUUGGGGAGUAACAGUUUUUUUAAAAAAAGAUACAAUUUUUAAAAACUGUUACUAUUGAGGAGGAGGUGUAGGCGGCCGCGACGAGGAGGUGUAGGCGGCCGCGACGGCGGCGGCGGAAGAGGGCGGAGGGUAGUGGGAUGGGGGUCCCGCGGCAGCGCUGAAACUCCGGGUGGACGGCCGUGGCGCUGCUGCGCUGCUGCACUGACAGGGCCGGGAGUAGCCUGCCUUCCGCUCUCACCACCUCGGAAUAGCCCGUCCUUCCCCGGGGAGCCAGUUCCUCCCCUGGCCCCUGAGCCAUGCCCAAUGCGGCGGCCCCGGACGAGCCAGGUAUGAAUUAAUUAUUUGAAAGCAACUGAAAAAUGGAGCCAGACAUAAUUCGAAUGUACUCUUCAUCCCCACCACCACUAGAUAAUGGAGCAGAGGAUGAUGAUGAUGACGAAUUUGGGGAAUUUGGUGGAUUUUCAGAAGUUAGCCCUUCUGGCAUAGGGUUCGUCGACUUUGAUGCACCAGAUUUUACUCAUCCCAAGGAAGAGUUUAUACCUUCAAAUCAUUUUAUGCCAAUUCAUGAUUUCUCAGAAAAUGUAGAUAGCCUUACAAGUUUUAAGUCCAUGAAAAAUGGUAAUGAUAAGGAAAUCACUGCUGAACUUUCUACUCCUGUGAAAGGACAGUCUGAUGUUUUACUUUCAACCACCAGCAAAGAAAUAAUUUCAUCUAAAACUUUAGAUACUUCCAUUGAUGGCGUGGAAAGUCCAGGAGAUUUAAAUAAAGUAGUAGAGCAGAAACAGAAUGUUGGAACACCUGAAAGUUUUUCUCUAGGAGAUUUUAGAACUGAUACUAACAUAGUUCAUCAAAACAGAGAACUGCAAUGGUGAAAAGCCUCCUUGUCCGGAGGUUCUAACAAAUGGGUUUACAGGGUUGGGAACUGUAAAUCCACAUGGAACAGAUGAUCUGGACAGUGUAGCUGAUUCAAAGGAACAGAAACCUCUUAGCACUC